AAUCUUAUCCGUUUUAUCCCCGGUCUCCCGCUAACCGUGUAUAAAGUUCCAAUCGGAGCUUCCAUUGGCCCGGAAACGGAGCUGGAAGAAGAAGGACCAAAUCCUUGUGUGAUACGAGCGGAAGGCAAGAGAAAUGCUGAGAUCCGUCGCUAUCCCGUCUCCAUCUCCCUCUUUUGCUUCGAGUUUUUUAUUGGAGCCCGCCGCCGUCGAUGUCUCGCUGGGUCGGACGGUGAGACCGAGCGUGGUCUGCAACGCGCAGAGGAGCAACGCCUCCAUACCGAAGCUCGAGCCCUUCAGCAGGAGCCGGAUUGAUAGGCGGAUGAAGGAGCCGUCUUUCUUGCAGAAAUCAGAGAACGAUCUCACAGAUUACUGUUCGAUACUUGAAGGCGAUGAGUCCUACAGCUGUUGGAGGGCCUAUUUUGAACUAAAGGAUCUUGAGAAGGAAAUGUCAAAAGAGGAUGUGGAGAAGCUAGUGAGGCAAUCUGGUGGAGUGAAAUCCCUCAUUGACUGUUUACAUGGGAUCACAAGAAUGCAAAAGAAGAAGGACAAAGAAGUCCAAAAUCCCACAUCAUUGAUAAUAGAGGCACAGACGGAAAGACCUUUCCCUGUGCCUGAUGGACUGCCCAAAACCCCUGAAGAGCUGGAAGAAGAAGAAAAGGCUAGAAUGCCAGACUCUCCUUUCACCAGGCUACUUAGAAGCAAGGGUACGCUUCCUGCUUGGUAUACACAAGGGCCAGAUCAUGAAACUGAUUGAGUUGCUUUGGUGUUGAUGACUGAAUCAUUGUAUAUAAAGCUUUCCAUGUUUGAGUUCUCUUCAAGUGCAACUUUACAGCUGGGGAUUCAGGUUGAUGCAGCAGUUAGAGUCAGAAAUCUUGCCUCAAGUAGACCGACCAAGUGUACUAUCAACUUUAUACUUUGUUGUUAGCUUUUACCAAUCAUUAUUCAUGGCACUUGAGUUGGAUCAAGUCUUUUCUGUCCAAACAUGAAUCUCAUCUUGCUGAAUAUUUAUAUAUGUUUGAAGUAUUGAAUGUGAAAAUCUAUAGGCCUGUAUUUCCAAAUUGA